AUGAAGAGAACUACUCAGCUAUUUGAUUUGUAUUGGGAAGACAUUCUCGUAGCCAAAAUUUUGCCAUACCUUACUAUGCGGGAGUGUUUUGUUUUUAGAUGUGUAUCAAAAACCUGCUCACAAAUAAUAGACAUGUAUUUUUCCAAGUUGAAAGCGCUGAAAUCGAUAAGAAAAGGGUUUUCGCCGCACACCUUCAAUGUGUUUACCCGGACUUGUACCAGACUGAAUGUGUUGAAUCUGAGCAGGUCCGUAUCUCUGAAUGAUAACGACCUCAUACCUCUGCUACUCCAGAACCCCGGACUGGUCGUUCUGAAUCUCAGCUAUUGUGAAAAUUUGUCAGCUAAGUGUUUACAACCUGUCAUCCUAUACUGCAAUAACUUGAAAACAUUGAAACUCGCGCAUUGUGCGUGGCUCACUACUGGUGCCAUGGAAGCGCUGGCAUUACACCAAACUGCACUAGAAGAUGUGGACAUAUCACACUGCUUCAAUAUCUCAGAAAGCUGCAUUCUGAUAUUUAUUAAAAAGUUCAUAUAUUUGAAGACUUUGAAUCUAGAGGGUAACACACAGGUGUCAGACAAAAGCCUGUAUGCUCUAUCCAAGUACAGCACAUCAUUGCAGCUGCUCAAUUUAGGAGGCUGCUCUGAAAUCACAGAUAAAGGUGUGAGGGCUUUGGCACUCCACAGUCUGAAACUAAGAGGGAUGUUAUUGAGAGGGUGUACAAAAGUCACUGAAAAUAGUUUAAAGCAUAUGAGAAAUCGAGUGAAACUUGACAGAAGAGCUGCUGAGCCUGUCCCGAUGCCAAUUUAUGUCCAAAUUUAA